UUGUAUUAUCUAUUAUCCUGUUUUCCGUAAAUACAGUAAUUCUGCAGUUUAAUUUGCAGUAUGAUGCCAGUGUGUCUCUGCUGCCACGCGGAAGCAGUAACACACGGAAGUAAAACACAGUAAAACUCGCUUUAAUAUCAGGAUGGUGCUGCCGUAUUCAUUUUGUUAUUUUGUGACCUACUCAAUAACUGUACCUGGUUAGUUAUAGAUUUGUGAUGCGGACAGGGAAGUACAUAACUGCAUAGAAUGCAAUUCUGCGGAGGUUGUUAUCAUGAAGCCCUCGCACAUGGGGGAAAUAAACAUUCGCUUGCGUACGUAACGUUUUACUGGAGAGUUAUAAACUUUGUACCGCACAUUAUACACUGCAUACUCAAGGUGUAAAGACUCGCUAGCGCCGCCUCUAGACCAAAAGAAUAACUUUUUGACCCGACAAUGAGCGACUGCCGCGUUCGCCUUGGACUUCUACAAGUGGAUUCACGUGCGUCCCUGCCUAUCUGCAAAACCGUAGUGCAUAUAUGCACUACGGCAAAACCUUCUCGUUUUUCGAAGGCUAACUAUUGAUUCCUGGAGAUGGAUAACGUAAGAUUGCAAUCAUUGCUGAGCAAGUAUGUACACUUGAAUUUUGUGCUAAUCAUAUUACAAAGCAUUUUUUAUCAACAGAAAUCAUCGGUUACGUGUAUCAGAUAAAGAAGUCGCAAGCAUAUUAUACCAAAACACUGAACAAUAUGCUCAUAAUCAUAUAUGAAAACGCGCACCGAAUUUUGGCCCUCGCCAGAGUAUUUUCAUAGUGAAAAUUCCCUUGUGAGAGGUUUUUUGCAGCUCUUUUAAUUAGCUCCCAGAUAAUAAAAUGUACUUCUCUGGUAUAGUAGUAAUACUUUUCGCCACGGUUAACUUUGGCUCAGCAUUAGUACAAGUGCCAAUUUGGAGAUGUGAUGCCAGUAUAUUUAUGCCGUGCACCAUGCCGGUUAUGAUGUUUAUGAUGGGUCCAGAAGGUCAAAAGCUUCCGCAGCAAGACGGUCUCAACAUUACCGAAAGCCAGUUCAACAGCAUUUGCAGAGUUAUCAAGCCCACCGUGGACUGUAUAAAACAACAGCUGAGCAGUUGUAUUCCGGCCAGUAUCACGGACGUGCAUCAAGCCUUCAACGGUGUGUCCCAGCUUGCAGGAGCAUGCGAGCGCCCCGGAGCAUACAACAAAUUUAAGACCCUCGCAGAAUGUGGGAAAACCAUUAACCAAACUGCCAGCACCGAAACGGCACUGCGCUGCCUGGAAGGACCAGAUUCUUUUCUGGAGUUUGGGCCGGCAAGCGCUUUCAACGCCAGUGAACGGGAGCGCAUAGAGACAACUGAGUGGACCAACGGAAAUUUUAUGAAAAACUUGUGCUGUGAAAUCCAACGACAGAAAAAAUGUAUGGGCACAACCGUUGCUGAUUUAUGCAAACCGGAAGCCAAGCAGCUCGCCGAUAGCCUCUUAGCAGAAGUCUUGCAGACCUUUGCAUGCACCGGAGCACAAGUGGAAAACUGUCCCACUAGAACCAUGCCUGCUGGGAUGGACCGCAGCUCGUUUGGUCAAAGUUUCGGGCAAAUGUUUGCUGGAGCAGGAAUGGGUUUCCCCGGCGGUAGCGCUCCCGGUCAGGAAGAAAUGGGAUAAAUAAGUGCUCAGAUUAUAAGAGGACUGUAAAGGCUUAUUCAUUACAAAGGAAACAUUGUUAAGCAGCUGCAGUAUUAAACAAUGUGUCAGCGACUGGCGCAAAUGUUGUUAAUUUCAUGGUUUCCAGUAGAUUACUUAGGCAUUACUUACUUAGGCUGUAGAUUACGUACUUAGGCAUCGUUCUCAAGUCUUGUUUAUUAGAACGCCGAAAAUUCCACCUCGUUUUAAAGUCGAAACACAUGUGUUAUGAUUGCGAGUAAGCUCAAACAAAUCGUUACAUGUUUUUGGCAUUAGCGAACUUAAAAGUUUAUACCUGUAAACAGAAGCUACCUGACGCACGAUUGUACAGAUACGCAGACGAAUAGACGAUUAGACGCGGCCAUCAAAACAACACUACAAAGCAUUAUUUAUUCACCACUUUAUAUAGCAAUACAAUUAUACAGGUGGGUCGCACUAUUCAGCAACUAGUCCACUGAAAAGGUCAUACCUAAUUUUGUUCUGAAUUUUUAUGCGCUUUUGAUAAGUUGUUUCUAUGUAUUUGCUGAUGACCUUGGGUUGUUCAGUCCUUUCAGACUGACGUAGAAUUACUGCAGAGAGAUUCGUUCUCUGAGUCCAGUACACAAAUUUUCCGUUGCACUAGUAUGUACACAGAACUGACAGAAGCAUGAGGAAAUUAUUGUUUUGUAAACAUUUUCCUGUUCCACCAGUAGCGAAACGAACGUAGACUUAAUGGAUCGUAUUGUAUACGGAAUUUAACAAUUAGCGCCUCGGGUCCGGGGUUUAUAUUUUUUCAAUAUACGUAUGGGUCCAACAGCAGCAGCAAAUUCCCGCGCUGCUGAUUUUGCUGCUGCUGUUUGCGCACUUUCGAGUAUUUUACGUUUAUUUAUCGCGCCUCACCGAGUCACCGCUAUAAUGACAGAAUUUCAAAACAACAGUUGCAUUGGUAAUUUCGUGAUUUGCAAUGGAAUGGUAACCGCCAUAAUCGUUGCUUCGCGCGGCAUAAGUACUCUAUGUACGAAGUACUGCACCACGUAAAAAUGCAUAUGGGCGCGCGUUAAGCGUCCGGCAACAACAAGGCCACAAUGCCGGACAGUUUACAGGACGCAUUACCUGUGUCGCCUAUGUUGUAGAGCUUUGCUUUUUGCUAUUUUGAUGUCUAUCGCAUCAACAAACAAAACCUUUUGCGAAUGGGCGCCGUUUAAAAAGUGUCAGAAUAAUCGCGUGUUCGUGUUGCUGGUGCUACGGGCCUCCGAAUAAAGGCUACGAUGGCUUCCCGUCGCACGGCUCCCAACCGCCCCAGGGCGGCGUGGCGGUGUAAAUCAGAAAUUCAUGACCACUCUGACUCAACACAGUCUACUCUCGCCUCUGAUUUAUUCUGCGGCUUCUGUCAUAACAUUCAAGAACGGCUUUACAGUUUACUGUCGCAGUUGGCCAAUUGAUAAACCUGAACUAUACAUUUCUGACUCAUUUACUCAUUUCUGACUCCUCACUUCUGUCUUUAGGGUAAUCUUGUUCACUUUUGUUGUGCUGGGCCUUCGCUGAGUGAUUCCAGGUAUCGUCGAGGAUGCCAAACAAUGGGACUGUUGAUGAGAUUGGGCACACUGGCUAUCGUUCUCAACAAGAUGAGAGGGCCAUGCGUGUUGGGACGCAUAUCUUGGAUCUGCGUCGGGAAUGGCAGAACCUGCGCGCCUCGGGAAUGCUGUGCGAUGUGGAGCUGCGAGGUUCGGAAGCACACUCUACCGGGAUUGCGUGCCAUCGCAGCGUCCUCAGUGUGUACAGCGGGUAUUUCCGCACCAUGUUCCAGUCGGGAAUGAAGGAAUCCAAACAGGAAGUUGUGCAGCUGCACAACAUCUCCCACGCUAUUCUAUUCCAGUUGAUCGACUAUUGCUACAUGACGGACAUUAUCGUCACCGACAGCAACGUGCAGUGCGUACUGAUUGCGGCUUCGUUCCUCGACAUUCCCGUUGUUGUGGACGCCUGUUGGAAAUUCAUGGAAGACAACAUGGACGUCAAGAACUGCCUGAUGCUGUACUGUUUUGCGGAUUCCGAUGCGCACAAGAAUUCGGCGCUAGCCGACAAGGCCAGGGCUUUGACUCUCAAACAUUUCGCACUGAUCUCGCAAGGACCAGAAUUCUUAGAAAUGCCAAAGAAUAUCGUUAUCGAUGUGGUUCGCUCCGAUGACUUGUGCGUGGCGCACGAAGACGAUGUCCUGCUCACCAUUACUCGAUGGCUGCAGCACGAUUUCGAGAAGCGACGUUGGGAGUUUUGGGAGGUAUUGCAGCAGAUCCGACAGGCGUACCUCAGUCCACAAUGCAGUGACGAUUUUCUGCUGGCGUGCGUUAACGGUUUCAAAGAUUAUCCUGGUGCCGAAGAAGCUCGGUCUUCGUCCGAACACCUGAAGCUCUUGCCGGGAUACAGCAGCGGGGGAUCCUCCUCCCGUCACACUGCAAGAAAAUCUUAUAGUUUCGAAAAGAUCAUCGUAUGUGUCGGCGGUAAUAGUCCGGAAGGUGGUCGGCGGGACAGCGUAGACUGUUUCAAUCCACGAACUUCGAAAUGGGGCACUUUCUCGAAACUUCCGUAUUGCGUUAGCGGAGGUGGUUUGGCGGUUAUUAAAAGCGAUUUGUUCUUCUGUGGGGGAAUCAUCGGACGUCACGGCAUACCGGUGACGCCGCGGACGAUGCACUAUAACAGCGCUCGUGCAGCUUGGAAUGAUGUGGCGCCGAUGCAAAUUGGGCGAUAUAAUGCUGGUGUUGCGACUGUUGGCGGCCACAUAUACGUUGUGGGUGGUUAUAGUUCGGAUUACCAAACGUUAGCCACAGUGGAGCGCUACAGUGUAGCCAGCAACGUGUGGACAUACGUGGCAUCCAUACCGAUGCCUUUGACGAAAUGUACCGUGGUCAGUUUCGAUAGCCAGCUGUAUACUUUCGGAGGUCAUACGUCGGAUGAUUAUAAUGGAGUCGAUUAUGCAUUCUGUUACGAUCCGAAAAGGGAUGUAUGGAGUGAACUGCCCAGGAUGCCGACUGCACGGUACUGCGCUUCAGCCUGCGUCGGAUCCGACGGAUUGAUUUAUGUCAUCGGAGGAUGUGGCUCUGCGAACCGUUUGAGUUGCACUGAGGCUUUUAAUCCGAAGACCAGGCAAUGGACAAAGCAAUGUGACAUGAGUCGUCCAGUAUAUUCCGUUGGGGUUUGCUGCGUAGACGACAAAAUUUAUGCAUUGGGCGGCGAUAGCGAAGCUAAUAGUAAAAAAUCGAUUGAAGUUUACGAUGUAACUUCGGACACAUGGACGAUCAGCGACAGCCAGUUGCCACAUGAAAAUUGGGCGUUUGGCUGUGGUGUUGUCGAAAUCGACAAGCAGCGCAGCUGGGAGUGACCCAUUGUUGUUGUAUUAUUAUGUUGUAUAUUACAUAUUGUUGUUGAUAUGCUCAAUAGUGGGAGAUUUCAAAUGGCCCACUACUGAGCAUGACUGGCGUUGAUCAAAAGUCUGUGGUCUUUGUUUAAUAAGUUGCGGAGGAGAAAUGCGAUUUUCAUAAUGCUUGUCUUGGUUUGAAACAUUGUUUGUCUUGGUUUUUGUGCACAGUCAGUUCUUGAUCCUUGUGCUCAUGCUGUUUUUGUCAGCUAUGUGUAUGACUGUUACUACCGUCUGUGUUCAAUGAGCCGCCUUAAUAUCGAUGAAAAUAUGGGAAGGUUGUCUGCUUGCGUGAGCGGCACUAUAUACCUGACAGAGGCUCUGAAAC